AUGGUAUCAUUACAAUUCGAAUCAACCACUUGCUAUAGUGUUCUCCAAAAGGUUCAAAAGAAGUUAGUUCUUUGCCAUUGUCUUUUUGAGAAAUACCAAGAAUGUUUCCAAGAAGUAAUUACUCCAAACUUGCAAAUGGAUAACUUUAAGGCUGGUUGGAUAAUAUUGGUUCUUCUUGCUAGACAUUUACCUUCUUCAUUAUUGGAUUUUACAGAAAGUGUAAACUUGUUGAUUAAUUUUAUGAUCUCAAUGUGGAAAGCAUCACAAAACUCUAGACUAUCCGAAACAAUUGAAGAAUUAUUUUCUAUUUGCAAUAUCUCAAAGGAUAAAUUAGAUUCAAGAUAUGAUGAAUAUAUUAGAACAACCCUUUCAAAGUUAACAAUUGAAAACCUUUCAGAUUUUGUUAACAAUAUUGAUUCACUCUCUAAAUUGAAUAUGUUGUUUGAUAAGGAUGAAGAUUUAACCUUGGGAUCGUUAGGUUUUGAUGAAAGAAUUUUCCUCUACAGAAAUGAUAUCAAUCUUAUUGGUGACAUUUCAAAAAUCAGUUCUGCACCAGUUUAUCAACUCAAUCCACCUAAACCAACACAACAUAACGAUCCAUUCCGAUCCCCUUUAAGAUCUCCAGGACACUUUACUGCAACAUCCCAAACUCCAUUACAAGCAAGUCUUCUUGUUAUACAGCUUAUUGAAGAGUCUACAAAAGGUCUUUCUAGCUCACCAGAUGAAACUUUACUAGGCUACUUUAAAUCCUGUAAUAUAGAUCAAACAUCCACAAUAGAAAACAGACUUAAGAGCUUGGUUGACAAAGUUAACUUUGAAUCACUAUUAUUAUUUAAUAAGGAAAAGAGAAAACAGGAAAUAAUGAAAAUUUACUAUGGUACCUUGAAACAUAUGCUCCAAGGCGAAGAAAAAAGACUAAGUGGCACUGCUAAUUUUUCAACUCUCCUCACAAACGAAAACUUCCACAGAUCUUUAACAAUUUGUUCUAUUGAAUGCGUUUCAUUCGCCUACAAUUCAAAAGAUACCAUUGACCUCCAAGUAUUACUCAAUGAGUUUGUAUUAGAACCAUUUGAAUUAUCGAUAGUUCUCGAAAGUUUUGUCCAAAAUGCCACAUGGCUAAACAGUGCCCUGAAACGUCAAUUUAAAUCAAUAGAAGAAGUGUUAUUGGACUCAUUAGCCUGGAAGAAGAACUCUGUGCUGUAUUCCAAACUUAGUACAAGUGUUGUUCCACAACCACCAAAACCUGGAAAUGAAACUCCAAACAGAAAUUCAAAUAUUGAAUCCUUUGGAAUGUAUAGCCCAAUGGCCUCAAGAAAACAACAACCACAAUCAGCUCCAAAGGGUUCAUAUUCUGUUCUAUUCUUUUUCAGAAAAAUGUACAAACUAGUCUCCAGAAGAAUUCAAGAAUUAUGUUAUCACUUUAACCAAACACAACAAAGUAACUCUGAGGAACCAAUGAUAAUAUCAAUGGAUCUUAUGGAAGAAGUGUGGCACACAGUGUAUUAUGUAUUGAAUGAAGCUAGAGGUCUGAUGGUUAGCAGACAUGUUGAUCAUAUAAUCAUGUGUAGCAUGUAUGCUAUUUGUAAUAAGGUGAAUAGAAUGCGUAUUUCAUUUAAAGAUAUUAUUUAUAACUAUAGAAUUAUAUGCGAAAAUAUAAGAAUGAUAUCGCCAGUCGAAAUUGGUAAAAUUCUUUGGCAAGUACCAUUAGACAAAGAAGGUGAUUUGGGAGAUAUUGUCAAAUUCUAUAACUUGGUAUAUAUUCCAUCUGUUAAAGGAUUCAUUCUCGAUAAGACUUCAGGUGCAGCACUUGAUAGACCAGAAAUGCCAUAUGUUGAAAUUUUCACAAAAACCAAAAUUGCACCUAACUUUGUUCUCUCUCCACGAAAGUCUAACUAUUCCAAGAACAGUUUACUAUCACCAAUGAGACAUCAAGAUAAUUAUCAUACAACCCUUCUUUUGACACCAAGAACAAAAGCACUUUAUGAAUUUGGAACAAAUAGUACAAAGAAACACUUUGAUCAAAUAUCGACAACACCUAAUCGUGAAUCGACAUCGUCAGUGAUCAAUAAUAGUGAUAUUUCAAAGAGGGGUGUAAAGAGAACCCUUGAUUUUGGUGGUGAUGAUGAAACAACCAAUAACAAUAAUAGUGAUCAAGGACGUAAAUUUGUUAAGGUAAUGAACCAAAACCCUGCCUAUCAAUAAAAUAGUAAGUGUUGUAUAU